AUGUCACAGAAACCCGCACCUACUGCCAUUGGUCACUUCGACUCGGCGGCUGCUCAAUAUGAAGCCUCUACCGGUGGAUGCACUCGAGAACUAGCUCGCUUGCUUCUCGACAUUCCGCAACUCGAGAGCAUCUACCAGCCAAGCGCUAUCGUGCUCGACAAUGCAUGUGGAACCGGCAUCGUGGCCGAGGAAAUCGCCCUGCGUGCUCAUCGAACAAACGCAAAUGUGGCCAAGAUUCACGCCGUCGACCCUGCCCCCAACAUGGUCGAGAUUUCUCGCAAGAAGUUGGAUGCCCUUGGAGUAUCUGCCACUUCAAGCACCGCCGUAAUGCCUGGCGAAGAGCUGGAGUUCCAGGAUGAGACGUUUACCCACAGCAUCACAAACGUGGGUAUCCUCUUCUUCACGGAUGGAGAUGCAGGGGCCAAGGAGAUACAUCGCACUCUGAAGCCUGGUGGUGUCGCUGUGGUUACUUCUUGGGCUGCUCUCGGCUAUCUAGAGGUCAUUCGCCCAGCCCAGAGUGCUGUAAGGCCAAACGAUCCACCAUUCAAGCUACCUAUUCCGGAGAAGUGGUUUGAUUCGGCUUUUGUUGGAAAGUGCCUCAAAGACGGCGGAUUUGCAAAUGUCACCGUCUCUGAGCGUAUUGUUUACUACGGCGCACCUUCUGCCGAGGACUUGCUAGGCCUAAUCCUGAACUCGUUCAAGAUGCUUUGGAAGGACUGGUCGGAAGAGGACCAGAGCAAAUUCCGUCAAGUGGCUGGUGAGAAGAUCGACAAGGCAUCGUCUCCCUACACUAUGAAUGAUGGAAGCCAGGGAGUAGGUCUUCCCAUGACAGCUAUUGUUGCUGUUUGCCAGAAGUGA